GGGAGUAGAGAGAGAGCGUGACAUGGAGAGCUGGCUGACGGGAGUACACAGAGAGAGGAACAGAGAGGACAGGAACAUUGAGGACAGGAACAUUGAGUACAGGAACAGAGUGAGGGACAGUGAGGACAGGGACAGUGAGGACAGGGACAGUGAGUACAGGAACAGUGAGGACAGGAAUAUUGACAGGAACAUUGAGUACAGGAACAUUGAGGACAGGAACAGAGUGAGGGACAGUGAGGAUAGGAACAGUGAGGACAGGAACAGAGAGAGGAACAUUGAGUACAGGAACAUUGAGGACAGGAACAUUGAGGACAGCAGAGGUAAUGACGAAGAGGUAGAAAUUGACAUGCUGCCUCCAGGAAGCACCAACAGUGUGACUGAGAUCACUGUCCUAUCACCAUCAGAGAUCAUUCAAAUCAAGGAGAGCCUCAGACAGAGUGGCCUAACCCAGGAAUUGCAGUAUUGUGUUCUGACCACUGAGAUGAAACUGAAAAUGCUGAAAGAACUUGAAAACGAUGCAAAGACCUAUCACAAAAUGGAAAAAGACAAUCUGGAAUUAAAUAAGAAAAUGUUAGAAACCGUCCAAAAAACUAAGAAAUCAAUGUUCUCAAUCUUGAAAAGGAAGACAAAAGAAGAGGUAGAAAUUGACCGGGGUCAGAAGAGAGUUGAAAAGGAACUGAAACUAGAGACAGCCAAUCUAAAUGCAUGCUUAAAAAAGUACAAAAAGAACCUGGAAGAGUUGGAAAAACAUGAAAAUCAGAUUCAGAAGAUUCUCAUGAAGCAACAAAAGGAGGAAGAGAAACUCAAACUUGCACAGCAGAAACAGUUAGAAAAGGAAGAGGAGAAGGAGCUGACCGAGGAGAGAAAAGAGAAAAAGGAAGUGAUUAUGAAAGUAUAUAGGAGAGAGAAAUGGAGGAAAAGGGCUGGGAAAACUCAUAAAAUGGAAGUGAAAAAGGAAAACAAGAUAUUAAAGAUACUGCGUAAAAAUGAUGAAAGAAAGUGCAAAAGACACAAGAGGUGGACCAAAAGAAUCAACAAAUGUAGGAAAAUAAAAAACAAAAUACGUUCAGCGCCAGGACGUGUUUGCAGAGCGGUGUUCAAGUUUUUCAGUCCGAGUUUUGGAAAGCAAGUAGACAAAAAGUUGAAGGAGCAACAAAAGGCGGAAUUGAUCAGGCAGCGAUACGACAGCAAUAACAUUCAUUGGGGAGCUGAGGAGACGGCGAAGCAGAGGGAGGAGACAGUGGAGGAGGAGAAAAGACUCCUGGAAGAGAGGCGGAAAGUGUGUGCUGCUGAACUGGAGGCGUAUGCGUGGAGCAGUCAAGUGCGGGCUGAGCUGUCCAGGGUGAGGGCCAGCAACAGCCGCAUCAAUGUAAGAGAAGAUGACGGCUCAACAAGCAGCAGUGAGUCAGAAAUAAGUGGUGAAGAAGAAGCAAGGCUGUAACACAAGGGAGUUCCCAGGAGGAGAGUAUGGCUUCACAGGAACUGCUGCCAUCAAAUACUUUUCUAUGUAUGGUUUGUAUGAAAAGUGCCAGGACAUAAUAAAAAAAAACAUACAAAA